UUAUACUAAUAAACACAAUUAGCCACUUAUCAUCUACUGUGGAAAACAUUUGCAGCUACACAGAACUUCGCUAUCACAAGAUGAGUAAAGUUGGAGAGAAGCCCCAUGAGUGUUCUGAGUGCCAGAAGAGUUUUCCUGAUAAGUCACAACUAAAGGUUCAUCUUAGGGUUUACACAGGAGAGAAACCAUUUAUAUGUCCAGAAUGUGGAAAGUGCUUCUCACAAAGUUCAUAUCUUACUAUACACCAGAGGAUUCACACAGGAGAGAAGCCAUUUAAAUGUUCAGAAUGUGACAAGUGCUUCUCACAUAGUACAAGUCUUACUGAACACCAGAAAAUUCACACAGGAAAAAAACCAUUUCAAUGUUCAGAAUGUGGAAAGUGCUUCUUAUAAAAUGCUGCUCUUACUAGUCACGAGAGGAUCCACACAGGAAAGAAACCAUUUCAAUGUUCAGAAUGUGGCAAGUGCUUCUCAGAAAGUUUAUAUCUUACUCAAUACCAGAGGAUUCACACAGGAGAGAAACCAUUUCAAUGUUCAGAAUGUGGCAAGUGCUUUUCACAGACCUCUACUCUUACUCACCAUCAGAGGAUUCACACAGGAGAGAAACCAUUUAAAUGUUCAGAAUGUGGAAAGUGUUUCUCACAAAGUUCAUAUCUUACUCACCACCAGAGGAUCCACACAGGAGAGAAACUACAUAGAGAAUGUGGCAAGGAGUUUUCAUAGACAACAAAUCUUACUCAACACCAGAGGAUCCACACAGGAGAGAAACCAUUUCAAUGUUCAGAAUGUGGAAAGUGUUUCUCACAAAGUUCACAUCUUACUCAACACCACAAGACUCACACAGGAGGGAAACCAUUUGUGUGUCAAGAAUGUGGAAAGUGCUUCUCACAGAGUUCUAAUCUUACUAUACACCAGAAGAUUCACACAGGAGAGAAACUACAGAAACCAUUUCAAUGUUCAGAAUGUGGAAAGUGUUUCUCACAAAGUUCACAUCUUACUCAACACCACAAGACUCACACAGGAGGGAAACCAUUUGUGUGUCAAGAAUAAUGUGGCAAGGAUUUUUCAUAGACAACAAAUCUUAAGCAACAUGAAGAUACACACACUGGGGAAAAACCAUAUGAGUGCUAUGAGUGCCAAAAAAGUUUUCCAAAAAAGUCAGAAUUGAAUGUUCAUCUUAGGAUCCACACCGGGGAGAAGCCAUUUAAAUGUCCAGAAUGUGACAAGUGCUUCCCAAAAAGAUCUAAUCUUACUCCUCAUAUGAGGAUCCACACUGGAGAGAAACCAUUUCAAUGUUCUGAAUGUGGCAUGAGCUUCUCAGAAAAUUCUAAUCUUACUCGACAUAAGAAGGUUCACGCUGGAGAGAAACCAUUUAAAUGUUCUGAAUGUGGCAAGAGCUUCUCAGAAAAUUCUAAUCUUACUCGACACCAGAGGAUUCACACAGGUGAGAACCCCUUUCAAUGUUCAGAAUGUGACAAAUGCUUCUCUGCAAAAUAUAAUCUUACUCAACACAAGAGGAUCCACACAGGAGAGAACCCCUUUAUAUGUCCAGAAUGUGGUAAGUGUUUCUCACAUAGUUCCACUCUUACUUAUCACCAGAGGACACACACAGGGGAUCGAGAAAAACCAUUUAUAUGUCCAGAAUGUGGAAAGUGCUUCUCACAAAGUUCUAGUCUUACUAUACACCAGAGGAUUCACACAGGAGAGAAACCAUUCCAAUGUUCAAAAUGUGACAAGUGCUUCUCACACAAUUCUACUCUUACUCAGCACGAGAAAAUUCACACAGGAAAAAAAACAUUUCAAUGUUCAGAAUGUGAAAAGUGCUUCUUACAAAAUGCUCUUCUUUCUCGACACCAGAGGAUCCACACAGGAGAGAAACCAUGUAAAUGUUCUGAAUGUGGAAUGUGCUUUUCACAAUACUCUACUCUUACUCAACACCAAAGGAUUCACACAGGAGAGAAACCAUUUCAAUGUUCAGAAUGUGACAAGUGCUUCUCAAAACAUUCUAAACUUACUGAACACCAGAAAAUUCACACAGGGAAAAAAACAUUUCAUUGUUCAGAAUGUGGAAAGGGCUUCUUACAAAGUUCACAUCUUACUCAACACCAGAGGAUCCACACAGGAGAGAAACCAUUUGAAUGUUCAGAAUGUGGCAAGUGCUUCUCACAAAGUUCACAUCUUACUCUACACCACAAGACUCACACAGGAGAGAAACCAUUUAAAUGUUCAGAAUGUGGCAAGUGUUUCUCACAAAGUUCUAAUCUUACUUCACACCUGAGGAUUCACACAGGAGAGAAACCACUUAAAUGUUCAGAAUGUGGCAAGUGCUUCUCACGAAGUUCUAAUCUUACUUCACACCUGAGGAUUCACACAGGAGAGAAACUACGUAGAGAAUGUGGCAAGGAUUUUUCAUAG